AUGAGUUUUUCACAAGCCGUACGUAGCAGGCCUUCUCGAUGUCAUCAUCAACCUGGAAGGUGGUUCAGGUUCAACCCAUCCUCACGUGGCUUUUUGUACAGCCGCAACCAGUAA